AGUAUAUAUAAAACUGUAAAAAUACAUUUCCGAAAGAAAUAUAUUUUUGGUAUGCAAAAGUAUUUAAAAAACUAAAAUUAACUUUAUAGAGUUAGAGAAUUAAAGAUCUCUACAAUAUUUUGGAUUUUCAUACAAAUUUGCUGUUGAAAGAUAUGAGGAAUCGCAACAUUAUGUCAUCUGAGCAACCAAAUAAUGACGAUAUACGUGCAAAUGGCAACGAGCAAAGCUACAUUCAACUUCAACAAUCGCAAAAAGUUCGAAAAACGCUAAACAAUAUGUCACAUCUACUAAAUACCGGACUUAAUGCUGAAACUCUGGAUGUAUGCAUUCGGUUAUGUGAAGCAGGUGUUCAUCCCGAAGCACUAGCAGAUAUUGUGACCUCUAUCCGUUCUGAAAUGGACGCUCUUAAUCGCGAUAGCUAUUAAGGUUUUAACACGUUGAUAAAUACAAGAAUGUUCAUGUAUUUUUCUGUUCUACAGAAAUGCAUUAUUAAAGCUAAUAUCGCAUAAUAAAAUCUAGUUUUAAACAAUAAAAA